CUCGGUUCUUAAUCAUCAUACACUUAGAGACCUGUGAAUUUUUCUUUCAUCAGAACUAAUACAAACACCUUUUUGUCGUUUCAUCAAAAUCUCCAUUCAAGUAUUGCAAUUGCUUUGAAUAUUUGAUUCAGUUUUUCUCACUAUAUUAUCCCAGCAACAACAAUGGAGACUAUCUUUGGGGAAUUUCAACAUCUUAGAAUCCAACUUGAAGAUAUCAAAUCAGCCACGGACAACUUUAAUGACAGAAAACUAAUCGGAGUUGGUGGUUUUGGGAAAGUGUAUGAAGGAGAACUGUGUCACCAUAAGGGGAGAAGCAUGGUUGCUUUUAAGCGUCUAGACCGUAAAUUUGGGCAAGGAGAACCUGAAUUCUGGAAGGAGGUAAUGAUGCUAUCUCGUUACACACAUGAAAAUCUAAUCUCUCUACUGGGUUUUUGUGACCAAGGUAAUGAGAUGAUCCUUGUUUACGAGCACGCAUCCAAUGGAAGCCUCGACCGCCAUUUAUCUUCCGCUACUUUCACAUGGAUUCGACGUAUCAAGACAUGCCUUGAUGCCGCAAGGGGUCUAAGUUACCUACAUGAUCACAAGGGCACUCAACAAAGAGUCCUCCACCGUGACAUAAAGAGUUCCAACAUCCUUCUCGAUGAUAAUUGGAACGUAAAAAUUUCUGACAUGGGACUGUCAAAAAUAGGGCCAGCUAAUCAGCAGCACACGGCUCUUGUCACCAACGUUGUAGGUACCCUUGGGUACCUAGAUCCAAUGUAUAUGGAGUUGGGCAUCCUGACGAAAGAGUCAGACGUAUACUCUUUUGGUGUAGUCUUAUUUGAAGUAUUGUGUGGCAGACUAUGCUAUGAUAAUAGCAAUGGUAAGUUCCAGAGUCUAGUGCGUAUGUGGAAGCAAAAAGCCAAACAGAAGACGUUGGAUGAGAUUAUCUUUCAAGAUCUGGUGCAAGAAAUGGAUCCCAGGUCUUUGGAAAUAUUUUCAGACAUUGCCUUUCAAUGCCUGCAGAAACAUCGUGAAGAACGACCAACAAUGUCUGUUGUUGUGGAAAAGCUUGAGACUGCACUUGAAUUUCAGGAGAUUUACGAAGAGAUGAAACAUCCAUUGAGUUAUGAAAAGAUAAUUAAGACUGCAGUACAUCCGCUGAUGUACAAAUCAGAAGAGGAACUCAAGUCGUGUCUCUCCAAAGGGAUCCUCCUUAACGGUGGCAAAACAUGGUUUUCAUUAAAUAACAACGGAGAACACUGUGAAAUGAUAUCUGCAGCAGAAUGUAUCAUUAGAGUUAAAAGCUCCUCUGCCUAUGAUAAAUUUGUAUCUGAAAAGAUUUCAAGAUUUCCCCCGGGCAGCUGCUUUCAAACAUGGCACGGGGUAUACAAAGCACAUGUGAGAACUCAGUUCUUGUCACCACACAUCACAUACACAGUAAACCUUGUGUUCAAAGAUACAGAUAGAGUGUUGGUCCCUACUGAACUGAGAUAUGUAUGCAUUCAAUACUCGAUGGAAGGGGAGACAGGAUCUUGUCAUGCAUGCCUGGCUGAUGUGAGAGAAGAUGGAUGGAUGAUGGCUGAAUUAUUUCAGUUCGAAAGCGAAAGGAGAAAUGUUGAUCUGGAAAUUCGGUUUGGGAGCGGUCAUUACGAAGAUUGGUGUAGCUAUUUAAUAGAAGGCAUUGAGUUUCGCCCCAUUGAAAAAGUGGAACAUGUAGUGUUAGAUGAUGAUAAUGUGGAUAUGCAAACCAUAUCAGAAUCAGAUGACACAUAUUGGGAAAAAAAAUUGCCAAAUAAUUAUGAUGACAUAAUCAAAUGUUCAGAAGAUGAUUUGAAAUGGACAACCAAGAAGGAACUCUACUCUAUUCUUUGCAAAGGGUUCCUAAUGAGUAAUGGUCAAGGGUGGUUUUCUCUUGCUAAAAAUGGGAAGAGAUGUCUUAUGCUACCAGCAAGAUACACACUUCUUGAAAAACAGUGGAAAUGGAAGCAUCAUGAAGAAUCAAGAUUUGAAGACGUGGCUUAUAGUCCUGAUCAACCUUUCAGUAUCGUAUACAAUAUUAAGACUGAAAUAUUGUCACCUGCAACAACAUAUGCAUGUUACCUUGUCUACAAACUGCCAGAAAACAGCCCUGAGGUUUUAGACACUUAUGAGUUUAUUAUGCAAGUGAGGGAAAAUUAUGAUGAUAAAACAAACUGGAGACUACAGGAUGAGAAAUGUGGGUUUAUCUAUAUGCUUAAUCCUCAAACUCCAGUUAUUCGACCAAAGGCCGGCCAAAACUCCCACAAGCCUAUGAAUAGACCUAAACUGAAAGGCAUUCCAAAACAAAGGAGCGAUGGUUGGAUGGAAGUUCAAGUAUGGGAAUUUCAAACUGGUAAAUCCAAGGAAAUAAUAUCUAUGCGUGUUAGCUUAGGCACUAUCUAUUACGGAUUUUUUAAAGUGCUCACUGUGCAAGGCAUUGAGUUUAGACCUGAAUAGAUUGUCAACUAUAUGAUAAGGCAAUGUUAUAUGUUGAUAUGCUAAUUAAUAAGUGUGUUAUUGUUGUUGAGUUAAAUUACGUUUGUUUGCGGGCC